UUACUGCAGCUCUGGCUUGGUCAGAGACAAGACAACAAUGUUUCCUUAGAGAUUUUCUUGAAAAAUGGUGGAAGCAGAUCGUCCAGGGAAGUUAUUUAUAGGAGGCCUCACUAGAGCAACAAAUGAAACCGAUCUGGAAUCAGUUUUUGGAAAAUAUGGCCGCAUAGUAGAAGUUCUGUUGAUGAAAGAUCGGGAAACCAACAAAUCCAGAGGCUUUGCUUUUGUUACUUUUGAGAAUCCCGCUGAUGCAAAAGAUGCUGCAAGAGACUUGAAUGGAAAGUCCUUAGAUGGAAAAUCAAUUAAGGUGGAACAAGCCAACAAACCAUCAUUUGAAAGAGGUGGUAGGCGGGGCCCACCCCCUCCAAGAAGCAGAAGUCCUCCAAGAGGUCCUAGACAUGGAAGAGGUGGAAGUGGUGUAGCAAGAGGGCCACCUCGUGGAGGUCACAUGGAUGACAGUAGGUAUUCUCUUAAUUUCAUCAUGGGUUCUUCCAGGGCUCCACCCCCAGUUAAAAGGGGUCCACCUCCACGAAGUGGGGGACCUCUGCCUAAAAGAUCUGCACCUUCUGGACCAGUGCGUAGCAGUAGUGGAAUGGGAGGAAGAGGGCCAGUGUCUCAUGGAAGAGAUAACUAUGGAGGUCCUCCACGAAGAAAACCAGUGUCAUCACGCAGAGAUGUCUAUAUGUCUUCAAGAGAUGGUAGUGAGAGUAAUAAAGAGAGUUAUUCAGGCAGAGAUAAUGUAAGUUCUCGGGAUACCAGAGCUAAUGCUCCAUCUCCAAGGGAUUACACACACAGUGACUAUGGCCACUCUAGCUUUCAUGAUGAAUAUACAUCUAGAGGAUACAGUGACCGUGAUAGCAAUGGCAGAGGUCGUGAUAGAGACUCUUCAGAUCAUCCAAGUGGAGGAUCCUACAGAGAUUCUUAUGAGAGUUAUGGUAACUCUCAUACUGCUCCUCCUGCUCGAGGGCCUCCUCCCUCUUAUGGAGAAAGUAGCCUCUAUGAUGAUUAUAGCAGCACAAGAGGUGGAUAUGAUGGAAGUCGUGAAAGUUACUCAAGCAGCAGAACUGACAUCUAUUCAAGUGGUUAUCAUCAUAUUGGCAGACACUGGAGAGGGCUUCUGUCUUCAAUGGAUAGGGGAUAUCGUGCCCCUCGUCAUUCAUAUAGGAGUUCAAGCCCUGGAGCACCAAGAGGCGGUGGCUGUGACUGA